UCACACUCGUAUUUAUAUUACAUUUAAUGAGUAAUUUGAUGUGCUUUAUCAAUUGCAUUUAAUUUUGCAAAAUAAUAUAUUAUUGAGUCAUAUAUUAGUAGUACGUUUUACGUUUUAGCGUUGAUUAAUAACAGUAUAACUAUGUUAUCCAGUAAAUUGCCGCGCAAUUUGAUUAAGUUUAACAGCGUUCCAAUACUCUUCUAUCACAAAAAUGUUAUUGAUCAUUAUGAAAAUCCCCGAAAUGUUGGUUCAUUGAAUAAAAAUGAUAAAAAUGUUGGUACAGGUUUGGUUGGUGCCCCUGCUUGUGGUGAUGUUAUGAAAUUGCAAAUUAAAGUUGAUGAUGCAGGUAAAAUUGUAGAUGCUAAAUUUAAAACAUUUGGUUGUGGUUCUGCAAUUGCAUCAAGUUCACUAGCAACAGAGUGGGUUAAAGGGAAAACAGUUGAUGAGGCACUUUCAUUAAGAAAUACCGAUAUUGCUAAAGAACUAUCUUUACCUCCAGUAAAACUUCAUUGUUCAAUGUUAGCAGAAGAUGCUAUAAAAGCAGCCUUGUCAGAUUACCGUAUUAAACAACAAGAAAAAAAAAAAAAAGAAGAUGAAAAAUAAUACCUUACUUUUUUUAUUAAUUGAUUUUAGUAGUAAUAUUUUUUGUUAACUAUAUAUAUGUAUAGAUAUAUAUAAAGUAAUAUUCACAUAAAUAUUCAUGUAUUUACAAAUAUAUACAUGAAAAUUAUAUAAAUUAUAAAUUGCAUAGUUAGAAUCAUUCACUUGUUUUUUACAUUCUUUAAAUAUAUUAUUUUUGAUUAUUAUUAUACAACCAG